AUCUGUACCUCCCUCUCUGUCAUCUCUCUCUCUCUCUCUUCCUUUCUCUCUGCUCCCCCUAGCUGCUGUGGCCUGAGCACUCUGAUGCAGCCACCGAAUGUUUAGUUGGAGCAGAGGCUGCUGCGGUAUCAGGUUGUUCUCCAACAACCAGGAACUCUCUGAUAAUCAUCAUGGGAAACUGCACCUCAGGGCAAAAGAAGAAGAAAAAAGGGAAUUCUACUGAUGGGAACACUGACGGAAGCAACGAGAAUAAGCCCAAUGACGAUGUAACGUACGCCUCCAUCAACCACCCCACUGGCCAGGGAUUGAGACCCGAAAAGGCUACCAAUGAAUACGAAGAUGACAAUGACUGUGACUACGCUACGGUGAAAAUCCCAGAAGAAGUUCAAGUAGAUGCUCAUUCCGAGUCAUCCAAAGAGGAAUGCACAGAUGAUUAUGUGCUCAUGGGCUGAAGAGAAAUUUGAAGAUGAGCUCAUUUGGACAAAAGUUUGUUUGCGGUAUGGAGGAGCUCAGGAGCUCAUGAACUAUGAGAGUUUACAAAUGAAUCAAGAUCGUAUCUUGAUUAACAAAGACAAACUGUGGAAAAACUGCAAACCGCUAGUGGUUGGGAUUUUUAACCCCUGGAUGGUACUUUUCUUCUAUGGUGGACCAGAACAAGAAGACGAAAGGCAUGCAGUUUCUUAUACAGAUUACAUCUGAAGAUAUUUCAGUUGCAUUUGGCUGUCUCUAAAGAUAUCUGCAAGGAAAUGUCUGGAGUGAGGGUAGACCACACUGCCUUACAACUUGCUCCGCCCAACCAGUCAGUCCUACAACUUGGCUAAAACCCACAUUAAGUGACUUUAAAAUUUAACAACAGCAUAGCGGAAAAUUUGAGGGGCUUUCCAACCAUGUAAACGGCCAAUGCCUAGUUCUUUCCCUGUCUUCUCUUAGCUAUUGCUAUCUGAAUGAAUGACAUUUGAAAGCCUCGACAAAUGAAUGUUAUUGUGAGUUUAAAAUUAGGUUUUGUUCUAGGAAAAAUAGAUCAGCACAAUUCUUCCGGAAAUGAAUCCAAGCUUUCCUCAAAGUGUGGCUUUAUGUAACUAAUGCUGACUUUGAGUUGAUUGAGAAUCUCACUACCACUACAUGUGGAGCUGCAAAAGUCUAUUAGUGUUUGCAUGUUUCAUUAGAGUGUGCCUGUUAUGCUCAAAUGGUUGAAUCGCUGUUAGCUUUUGCUACUGUAAAAAAAAGAACUGGCUCAUGGUUUUCCUACCACACAAAAACAAAACGCGUAAACAACAUGCAGAUUUUUAAAGCAUAACAAGUGCAUAUUUGUUUUGCUUUCCGGGUGUCUGCUGUCAAUCUAUAAAUAUUCUGCCGCAGAUGGAGGCUUGAUCUUAUCUCUCUUUUUCUGUUCAUGCUGAAGAAAUAGAGCGCCCAUGCUCUGCUCCACUUUUAACCAACGUUUCACCACCCAUAAAAACUCCACGUUGAGCCACCAACCUUCGCACACCGAUGAUAUUAAUAAGGCCCAAUUUUACUCUUUAAGUUAGCUUCCAGGUUAACGUAAUUAAAAGUAGAAGUGAAUAAAGUUAACACAUGAAUGUAUCUUAAUUUAUCAUCUUUUUACCGUUGCAUGCUCCUGAGAACUUCUAUACAUUUCCUUAAUGUUCUACUAACAGCUAAAUAUGUAUUUGCAUAUACGUAUUAGUUUGUUUUUUUUAAUCUGUGUGCAUCUUGUGUGGUGCAUGCAUCUUUAUUUAUGUUUGUGUAUGAAAUGAAUUUAGCUAACUUUCUUCUGGUUUUACUUCUUUUUUGGUUUAUUCUUUAUAUUUUCUAUUAAUUAAAUGUUUUCAGAGUAAGAGGCUUGGUCAAAUUAUUUUAUACAAAUUAGUAUUGACAUUUAGAAUUGUCUUCAGGAAGUACAUUUAUUUAGGUAAUUCAGAUAAAAAAGAACAAGAAAAAAACUGAAGAUUGUACAUGGAUAUGUGUUAUAUCUGGUGUCCUGGUGUGUUUGGUGGCCAAUUAGGCAUAGUGAUACCAUGGUCAUUACACUAGGUUUUGUCACAUUUGUUGACCUUUUAAUUCUCUAGAUAAUAAAGUAAAUCUAGAUAAUGUA